CCUCGCACAUUCCUUCCUUGGGGACACACGCUCCAGCCCCGCACUCACAGCCCGCGCUCCGUGGCAAUAGCCGGCGCGGCCCCCCGGCACACUCGCUCCCCGCUCCCCAGCCGGGUGCUCCGCACUGGGCAUGCCCCAGCUGGGUUUCUAUAUAAAGCCCGCCUGCCUUAAUCCCUGGACAUUCACAGCCGCCUCUUUCCUGCUGCCAGCCAGACACCACCGAUCGGGAGCAGCUGCUGCCCGGGGCUUCUUUGCUGGCAGGAUGCUGUCUCUGGAUCAGAUCAAUGUGGAUCAGCCCCUGAUUCUGAAGGAGCUGGACUGGGCUGAGCAGGAGCCCCUGCCAUCACUCAGUCCCCCAUGUCCUUCCUGGCGUCAGGACGUGUCUCUGGACUGCAAGUCCUCUCCGGAGGACACCCAGGCACAUGCCUGGACUACCUACUACUACAACCUGCUGCAAUGCACCCUGCAACAGGAGGGGCUGCCAGAGACAGUCGACCGCACCAAGGAGCCCAGAACAGGGUUCAGCUCGGGGGAUGUGACCAUCUGCAUCCUGGGAUCCCCGACCUCGUACUUGUCUGUGCUGCUGGAGGGUAGCUCCCAGUGCCCAGGUAACAUGCUGCUGUGCCUGUCGCCCAGCUGGCUGGCCAAGGUGCCCUCUGAGCAGCACCCUGGCGAGUCGUCCCUGCUGGUCUCCAAGGCUGUCUCCUUUGAGCUGGGGGGGCGCACAUGCCUGGAUGAGUUCUCGCCCCCGCGUCGCGUAACCUACUUCAUGGGCUCCUUCGGGCCAUGCAAGGAGCAUGGGCAGUCAGCGGGGGAGCUGGCGCGUGACCUGGAUUGCCCCACGGCGGGCUCGGGGGAGCUGGCCCGCCUGCUGGAGGACAAGCUGCUGACGCGCCAGCUGCUGGACCAGCGAGCCCAGGUGGGGGUGCCACCCACGCUGGCCUUCACCUUCAAGCGGCUGCACCCACUGCGGGACGUCACUGCUGAGCGCUCUGUCCGCAUGGUGGAGCUCAGUGGCAAGGAGGGCCAGGAGAACCUCAUCCAGGAGGAGAUUGAGGCCUUCCUGAAGGGCAGCGCCAUGGAGCCCUACAGCCAGGUGGUGGUGAAGCCAUCGGGCUGGCGCUGGAGUGGGGCCCAUGCUGUGACCUUCCAUGCCAAGGUGGAGCAGGCUGCCAUGCUCCAAGCCGUGCUGGCAUUGCUGGAAACCCUGGAGGAGGAGGAGAGUGCCCUGCUGGAGGCCUUCAUCCCCACCGCCUGCCUCACCCAGCCCAAAUCUCCCAACAGCACCUCCCCGAGCAGCACAUCUCCGAGGCCUGACCUGGCGAUCCGGAUCUGUACUGUCGUCUGCAGAUCCUGGGGUGACCAGCCUCUGCUGAGCCAGGUGGUGUGCGGUGUGGGACGGGCUGAUAAGCCCCUGAAACACCAGGCCACAGUGCCCCAGAGCCUGGAGAGCAGCCUGCGGCAGCAGGGGGUGACAGAUGAGGCCCAGCUCGCAGCCAUCCGUGCCCAGGUCAAGCACAAGGCCGAGGCCGCCAUGGCAGCCUUCCUGGAUCUGGAGGCGGGGCUGUCAGUGGAGCAGCGGGGGGGCCGACGGGCCCAGACUGAUGUGAUUGGUGUGGAUUUCCUCCUGACCUCGUCAGAGCAGGUGCUGCAGCUGAUGGCCCUGGAGAUGAAUUCUCAGCUGUGCCUGGAGACCUGCGGGCUCUUUGAGUCCAUGGGUCAGGCGGUGGGGGUGCCGGCAGGCGAGUCCUCGCGCCCUCUGGUGGAGACGAUGUUGCGGCGUGCACAGUGCUAUCUCAUGGAGGGCAAGCACGUGUUGGUUAUCGGGGCCGGAGGAGUCAGCAAAAAGUUCGUCUGGGAGGCGGCCAGGGCCUAUGGGCUAAAAAUUCACCUGGUGGAGUCAGACCCCAACCACUUUGCCUCCCAGCUGGUGCAGACCUUCAUCCACUACGACACCACGGAGCACAAGCGGGACGAGGAGCAUGCCCAGCGGCUGGUGGGGCUGGUGCGGGAGCGGGGCCUGCGCCUGGACGGCUGCCUCUCCUACUGGGACGACUGCAUGGUGCUGACGGCCUUAGUGUGUGAGCAGCUGGGCCUGCGCUGCAGCCCCGCGGCCGCCAUGCGGGUGGCCAAGCAGAAGAGCCGCACCCACCAACAUCUGCUGCGCCGGCGCAAGGAAGCCCCACUUGGCUGGGCCUCAGAGGCGCUCUAUGCCGUUCCCUGCUGCCACCUGGAGAGCCACGCUGAUGUGGAGCGGGCUGCCCGCCAUCUCUCCUUCCCCGGUGUCAUGAAGCUAGAGUAUGGGGCGGGCGCCGUGGGGGUCAAGCUAGUGGAGGAUGUGCAGCAGUGCCACCUGCACUUUGAGAAGAUCUCACGGGACUUGCGGGAGGAUACAGAUCACCCAGGUAUCGGGCUGGGCUGGGGCAAUGCCAUGCUGCUGAUGGAGUAUGUCUCCGGCACAGAGCAUGACGUGGAUAUAGUGAUUUAUGAUGGGCGCAUGCUGGCCGCCUUCGUCUCCGACAACGGGCCCACCCGUGUGCCCCACUUCACUGAGACAGCAGCCAGCAUGCCCACGUGCCUGGCGCCCGACUGCGAGGCCCAGCUGGUGCGCGCCGCCUACCGGUGCUGCUUGGGCUGCGGCCUGACCAAUGGUGUCUUCAACGUGGAGCUAAAGUUGACGGCAGCUGGGCCCAAGCUCAUCGAGAUCAACCCCCGCAUGGGAGGCUUCUACCUGCGCGACUGGAUCCAGGAGAUCUACGGGGUGGACAUCAUGCUCGCCUCUGUCAUGGUUGCCUGUGGGGUGCCCCCGCUGCUGCCCAUCCAUGCCCAGCCCCGCACCCAUCUGGUGGGCGUCAUGUGCGUGGUGUCACAACACUUGAAGGCCCUCAAAUCCACAGCCAGCGUGGAGACAUUGCAGGCCCUGCAUGAGCGCGGCAUCAUCCGCCUCAACCUGCUGGAGGAUGAGCUCGUCACCCGUGAAUAUGAAGAGCCCUACUGCAACGUGGCCUGUGCCAGCCCCAGCCGCCGCGAGGCUUGCCUCAAGGUGCUGGGUGUCUGCCAGGUGCUGGGCAUCGACUCACCCCACUAUCCUGUCACCCACUUCCUCUCUCACUUCAAAUAGCACCCAGGGAGCCCCCGGGGAGGGGGCCACCCUGCUGCCUCUGUCCUGUUACCCCCAUUCUCCCUAGGGCCUGCUGGGCUCAGAUCCGGUCCUGGAGGAGCCCCCGGCCUCAUCCUCCCUGGUGUGUCCCCACCAGCUGGGGCACCGGCGCUUGCGUUACUUGGCUCCUCUGUAUCCCAGUGUUGUUGUUUUUUUCCCAGCAGCUGCCCCUUUCCCCCCAGGACCCCCAGGGGUCCCUGGUGUCAUCUCAGGCAGGCGUGGCUCCUACCAAUGUGUGUGUGACAUGGGAUUGCAUCAGUAUGGCGUCUCUUCUGCUCCCUCUGGGACUCCUCCAGCUCCCCCCGACCCCGUCCCACCUGCCCUGUCCUGGUCCUCUAGUUCCCCUCCCUCAGCUGACCUGUCCUAUCCCUGGAGGGAUCCCCCACUCUCUCUGCCAACUCUUCCCUGACCCCUUCUUCCCCACUGAGAUCCUCCAGUUGGCUCCUGCAACCAAACCCACCAGCCCCGGGAAGGGCUGUAGGUCGCGGACCUCAAUCUCCUGGGCACAAGCUCAGCUCUGGCAUUUGUUCAACCAUGGUGGGGAGGAGGGGAAGGAUUGAGGGCCUGGAACCUCCAGGAGUGGAGACUUAAGGCUACAAGUGGCGCUCCAAUAACAAACCACUGUAUGCAUGUUCCCUGCCCCGCUCCUCAGCCACCCUACCUUAGCAAAUCACUGUAUGCUACCUCCUCACCGUGCUUGUCAGCAACCCUACAAUAACAAACCACAGUACACAACCCCUCCGGUGCUCAACCCUACUGAUAGCAAACAACCAUAUGCAACCCGCUCACAUGCUCAUCAGAUAACAACAAACCACUGCAUGCAGUCCCUCCCAUGCUUGUCAGCAACCCUACAAUAACAAACAAUUGUGGGCCAAGUCCUAGCACAGACCCUGCGAUAACACAUGCCCUAUGCAAACUCCUCACUAGGAAACCUACAAACCCACUGAACCUGAGACAUUGAACGGACCCACUUGAGCCUGCAGCCCUAAUGCUUGAACAGCCUGCACUGAUGCGGGAACUCUAGCCAUGCUAACAAGCAAUAACAGGGCUCCAGAGCAGCCCUGUGCUAACUAACUAGCAUGCCUAGCCCCAGGGAAGGACAAAGAACUUACACUAACAAAGCAGGCACAACCCUCCAGCAGUUUUGAGGGCUGUAGAUGCACAGCCCCAUUGCUUCUGAGUGACCCUACAAUAACAAACCAGCGUGUGGAGCCCCAUUGCUUCUGAGUGCCCCUACAAUAACAAACCAGCGUGUGGAGUCCCAGUGCCCCUACAAUAACAAACCAGCGUGUGGAGUCCCAGUGCCUCUACAAUAACAAACCAGCAUGUGGAGCCCCAGUGCCUCUAAAUGACCCUACAAUAACAAACCAGUGUGUGGAGCCCCAGUGCCCCUACAAUAACAAACGAGCGCAUGGAGCCCCAGUGCCUCGGAGUGACACUACAAUGAUGAACCAGUGUGCAUAGCCCUUAGCAUCCAUAAGUGACCCUAUAAUAAGCAAACCAAUGCCCUGAGAGACCCUACAAUAAUAACAAACCAUUGCACAUAGUCUUAGUGUCCCCAAGUGAUCCUACAAUAACAAACCAGUGCACAGCAGCCCGAGUGACCCUUCAAUAACAACAAACCAGCAGGCACACCCCUGGCAUCCCUAAGUGACCCUACAAUAAUAUCAAACCAGAAAGCACAGAUCCUAGCAUCCUUAAAUUAUCCUAUAGAAGCAAAUCAGCGUGCAGCACCUUGAGAGACCCUACAAUAUUAACAUACCAGCAUGCACAGCCCUAGUGUUCCUGAGUGACUCUCAAAUAACAAACCAGUGCAUGGCACCCAGAGAGACUUCCAUAAUAACAAACCAGUGUGUGCAGCCCCCGUGACCUUACAAUAACAAAUUAGCAGAAGUAGAAGGAAGCAAGACUCAGGUCUAAAGGAAGCUUGAUCAGGUUCUCAUCCUCUUUAAGAGCCCAUGGCUUCCUGCUGCUUCCUCAUGACUGCUGUUAUUGCUGUCACAGCAAGAGAUUGUGAGGGCAUGGGGAUGAUGACAUCAUCAAUGAGGGGAGGAGCAUCUGGAAAUUGUGAUGUCUUAAAGGGGCAGAGGCCCUGAACCAGGGCAGAGGGAGGUGGGUGGGAGAUGGGAAGUGACAUCACCAUGGUGCUUGUAGCCAUGGCAUCCCAUGCCAGGGUACCCAAGGACAGGGGCAUUAGCAAGCCCAUCCCCCUGUCAGCAUGGGCUGGAGUUCCUCGUGACACUCCCCACCUCUGUGUCCUUCUGCCGCCUUUGUAUCCGGCUGCAGACGGACAAAGUAGUCCCUCCCCAAUAAAAUGCCAUGUGCAAAUA